GUUGCUCUGACACGCAGACAAGCAGCCAGCAGCAGUCAGCUUCCGUGAUGUCCAGCAGAGGGUGCGCUAUGCUCUCCACCGCUGCUGAGACCAGUACCCCGGAACCAUGUCUGGUUGAUGACCAUUCGUCUGGGCCUACACAGGACGCUCACCGCAGCUUCAUCGACUUGUUUGAAGAUGGCGCACCGCCGCCAGCAACAUCGGCAGCAACAUCGGCAGCAACACCUGUAGUACAGACAACCGCCACCGUGCCGGGUGAUUCGAGGAGCCAAGGAGGGGGUAGGGAAAGUACAGCAACAGAUGCAGCAUCAAAGAGCUUUCAGGGUGCCGCUGCGAGCGUACGUCAAGGUCUGCUGGGCAGGAACACGCCGUUUCGAACGCCGUACGGGAUGAAGCCUCUCGUGUACUCCGACUGGACGGCCACCGGUCGAGCAGUUGCGUCCAUCGAGACGUAUCUAGCGGACCAGGUGGUGCCGCUAUUCGGGAACACCCACACGACCACUUCGAUCACGGGAGCGCAGACCAGCUGUUUCCGGCACGAAGCCAGGCAGAUCAUCGCUCAAGCAGUCAACGCAAAGGUGACUGGUCGUGCGGCGGAAGACGUGGUUCUCUUCACCGGGACGGGAGCCACGUCUGCGGUGGCCAAGCUCGUGUCUGCGCUCGGACUCGCGGCCCCGUUCCCCCCUGGUUGGAACCCGGACGAUCGACCAGUGAUAUUCGUGGGCCCCUUGGAGCACCACUCCAACCUGCUCCCCUGGAGGGAAAGCUGCGGGGAGGUGGUGACGGUUCGGGAAAACCGUUCUUCGGGAGGGGUUGAUCUCGCCCACCUGGAGGAUCAGCUUCGGCGGUUCGCGAGCCGGAGGCUGAAAAUAGGCGCCUUCUCCGCGGCCUCCAACGUUACCGGCCUCCUGGAAGACGUGGACAAGGUGACGGCCACCCUGCAUCGGGCGGGGGCGUUGGCGCUCUGGGACUACGCCACGGCCGCCCCCUACGUGCACGUGGACAUGAACCCUUCCGCCUCUGGCCUAGAGGACGACCAGGCCUUGGUGGCUAAGGAUGCCAUCUUUUUCUCCGGGCACAAGUUCGUGGGAGGGCCGGGCACCCCCGGGGUGCUAGUGGUGAAGAAACGCCUCCUGUGCAACGCCGUCCCGGGCACCGUCGGCGGCGGCACCGUGUUCUUCGUGACGGAGAAGGACCACCGUUACCUUAGCAACAAGGAGGAACGGGAAGAGGGUGGGACCCCGGACAUCCUGGGCUCCAUUCGCCUGGGGCUUGCGGUUCAGAUGAAGGAGAGCAUGGGCAGGCGGGAGCUGCAGGCAAGAAUUUAUCGUGCGCUGGCGGAGCUCGGCCUGAGUACGCUGCGGGCGCACAAGGGGAUCGUCGUCCUUGGGGACUCCGGCAAGAAACGUCUCCCCAUAUUCUCGUUCCUCGUCAGGACAGCUAGCAGCAGCGGCAGGUUCCUCCAUUACAACUUCGUGUGCGCGCUCCUGAACGACCUGUUCGGCGUCCAGUCGAGGGGGGGGUGCCAGUGCGCGGGUCCCUACAGCCAGCUGCUGCUGGGGCUGUCCCUCCCGGACACGCGGGCGGUGGAGGCGGAGCUGCUGCGCAAGCACGAGCUGCUGCGACCGGGGUUCUCGAGGCUCAGCCUGUCGUACGUCAACUCCGACAGAGAGGCAAAGUACAUUCUGGACGCGGUGUUGUUCGUGGCCGACCAUGGGGCGUCUUUCCUGCCGUACUACCGUGUCAAUUACAAGACCGGGGAGUGGAAGCACAAGACGAGGUUCACCCGCUUCCCUGAGAGAAGAUGGCUGGGCAACUGCGAUUACGGGUUCGCUCCGAGGAGAGGGGCUGUCUCCAACGGCAGCCGUGUCGCCGCGACCCCGGCGGUGACGCCGAAGACGCCGUCGGCUGCGGCGACUGAGGAGGACGAGGAGAUGGAGGCAGGAGUUGCACGGGAGGGGGAGGCGAAGAUGGAGAAGGAGAUGAAAGGCAUCUUCGAGGACGCGGAACGCCAUCUGAACGAGGCGGAGGCCCGCGUCGGCGAAGAGAGGUGGCAAGGGUCGGACGACGUACUCGGACCCGAAGGCGAGGCACUGCGCUGGUUUCUAUACCCCUGGGAAGGCGGUAGCGGUGGCGUUCCCUCCUCCCCUGGCGACGUAGCAAUGCCCAAGAGCGGAGGGUGCAUCGUGAAGCCCAAGGUGUACAGCGGCGUUGCCGCUGACGCGGCGGCGGGGGCGACGGUGUCAGGCGCUUCGCUCCAAGAAGAUGGGGGCUGUAGUGGCGAUGCCGUAGGAACGGCGGCAUCUCCAGUGGCUGCCCGGGUGGGACCAGAGAACGGACGUAAGGCAGCGGCACAGAGCGAUCCGGUUUUUGUAAAGGCGGAGGCCGCGGCAGAGAUAGGAACGGGGGUGGUUCCGCCUCCUCCGCACGAGGGUGGCACCAGUGGCAGCGGUGACGGCGACGAGGCGGCGGCGGCGGUUGGGGCCGUCGAGCCGGUCCCCCCGCGUCCUUCUCCUCCGGGGGGUAACGGGGAAGAGCAACAUGCGGAAGAUGAGUCUGCUGCUACUGUUGCGGCUGCCGCUUCGGCUGCUGCCGCUUCUGCUGCUGGGAAGGAUAAUGAUGAUGCUGCAUCUCCGCGGACCGACGUCGGUGGCGAUAUCAACCCCGCCAAGCACCGGAAUAGGCACCCGGACGACAGCCACAAGUACCCUCUUCGACAAGCUAACCGCGACAGCGGCGGCGGCCAGACAGGCGGUACUUCGCUGGCUGCGGAGACGCCCGCGUUCCUAGCAUUUUCUCCCGCCGCGAACGGCAUCGGUAGCGCCGCAGUUGCCGGUGGCACCGGCGACGGCGGCGGCGAAAAUGGUAGCGUUCCGCACGAUGCCAACGGCGAAGGUGUCGGCGGCGGUAAGCUCAAGGGGUACGAAGGGCACAUGUCCGCGCUGGGGAAGCUGGGGGGGAGGUCGGCCGAGUCUAGGCUGUUCCCCACACCCGGGAAGAAAAUCAUGAGGGCCGUGGGACAAGCGGUGCAGGUGGGGGAUUAUUUUGACGCCCGGAGAACAAGAGUAUCUGACAACGCCAGCCUGCGUCGCCCGUAUGAGCGUGUUUGGGUUGCUUGCUACCCGUGA